GCACAAGUCCGCCCCCAUGCAUGAGGGCAAGAAUGGAUGGCUACCUGUCCGUCUGUCUGUCUUUACACCCAACCAUCCACCACCCACUGAGUCUCCUCCUCUCAGGGCUAGCUACCCUGUGGCGCCAAAGUGCGUCCACUGCGACUUGCUGCCCGCGAGGGGGCUCUUGAAGUCAGCUACCGUCUGGCCAAGCAGCGCUGCUCUCUCAUCACCCCCAGCAUCACCGCCGCCACCGCCAGCGCCGCCAAAACCGCCAUACCCAUCCCUACCACCGCCCGCAGCAUCGUGUGCCUGUGCGUGUCGGUGUGUGUCGCCGAAUGCUUCAGGUUUGAGGGCCAGGAUGUCUCGCAUGCGCUUGCGGAGGGUGAGCACCAUCUGGAUGCCCAUCACGGACGCUGCCGCAGCCAGGACGGCGAACAGCAGCAGCGAGACGCAAUACAGGUCAUAGCCUGACGAGAAACGAACGAUUUGUUUGUGUUUCCUCUGCUCUUCGCUCACCCUACCCUGUCCGUAGUAGGUAGCUUCUUGCUGCACGGGGUCUAUAAUCCACUCAAACAUGAGGGGCUCCUCCACCUUCAGCCCAUACCUCUGCGCAGCCGCGUCAAUCGCAUGCCGAUACCGCUCACGCAUCCCCUUGACCACCACCCGCACCCCCGAACGCGCCUUGACGUCCCCCACCUCACCACACUUGAACACUAUCGCCGCGCCGCCCGAGCUCGAGCAGCAGUCGGUGCCCACCGCCCAGAAGUCGGUUACUGUGUUGGUUCGGGGGUUGCCCUGCGCGUCGAAGAUGUUUCGCUGGAUGGGCGCCGCACAGUAGAUGGUGCCUCCCUCCAGGUAUGUGCUCGCUCGCGCGGUGUCGACAGAGGUGCCGUCCGCGAACACCACCUUGCCCGCGUCGAGCAUCUGCUUGCCGGUGUUGACUUCGGGCUUGACGUCGAUGUAGGUCUGCAGGCCGUUGAGGCGGUAGUAGGUCUUGAACAGAUACUGCCACAGCAACUCCCCACACACCACCCCCAGCACCAACGCCACUGCAAACAGCACCGCGGCGAUGGCGUGCCACAUCCGGCCGGUCCGUCUGCCCAUCGCCGCAGCGAGGUGUGGCGCCAUCAUUGCCCGUCUGGCAUCUGUUGAAUGUGUGUGGGGGGGCGGCCGGGGCAGCUUCUCUGGCGGCGCGUAUCGAGCCCAAACGAUGUUGGGAACGACGAACACGGCGAAUGCGGCCAGCCAGAUGAACCAUGCCCACCCAAAUGAGAAGCGGUAGAGUGACUCUCCAGCGGCAAAGUACUCGGGCCUGAAGCAGAAGCCCGUCAGGGUCAGCCAGAAGAGCACGAACGCCACGAGGUAGACGGAGGUGAGGCUGAGGUAGUCCCGCAGCUGCACGAUGAACCUGACGCCGAGGCCGGCGGUCGUGAAGCCGGGGAACGCACCUGCAACGCCGGGGAAGGCAAAUGCAUAUGCGCCACCGAAGAUCCCCCAUUUGUUGGACGGCUGUCUGGCCAGCAGGUAGGCCUGCUCGGCGAAAGUGAGCCCAGUCGCCUCAUCUGCGGAUAUGAGCUUGGGCGGCGUCACCCCACUGCAAUCUGUGAGGGUGGACUGUGGGUGAGGACGAGCGGCACUGUGGGCGUCCUCCUUUCCAUCCAUUUCUUUAUUUACUCCUUCCUAUGGUCCGUUCUGAAGCACCGAACACCCCAAGAAGAUGAUCCC